UUUAUGGCGGAUGUCUGGUUGUCAAAAACACAUUAAAAUUUACGAACAUAACUCCUUUCUAUAGGUAAUAUUUAUUAUAAAAACAAUUUUAACGUUAGUUUCAGAGGACAUCCAAAAUGGCUUCAAGUGAUACAGUUACUCUGGCUUAUAUCAACUACUACUGUCGUGAGAAAUACUACAGACAUCUGCAGAACUCUUGUCUGGAGAGCUUGAAGAAGUAUGGUAACGAUCCAGUGUUGAUAUUUUGGAAGGCGUUUGGAGUUUUGAUGGAAGAGAGAGCCUCUGAGGCAAUAAGAGAAUUGGAAGUAGUCAAAGACAAGCCUGAUGUCUUACUCUGUGCCACCAUGGCACUCAUUCAUGCGCAUAAGAAAGCUAAACUUGUUGACAGAGAAGCGGUUCAAGAGCUGGAGACAAAACUUCGUCAGGAUCGGCAGUCAUGUGGUGAAAUGGCUUUGUUUUUUGGUGGAAUGUUUCUCUGGCAUACAGGACGGCAUGACAAGGCAAGAGAGUAUGUGGACAGAAUGAUCAAAAUGGCUAGUAAUAAUAAAGAGGGCCUUCUUUUGCGUGGUUGGAUUGAUAUAACCAGUGGAAAGGACUCAUAUGCGAAAAAGAGUAUCAAAAUGUUUGAUGAAAUACUCAGUGGGUCUGAAGUUGUAAAAAAUCUGGAUGCUUUACUUGGAAAGGCAAAGUACUUAGAGACAAAAAAUAACUUCAGUGGCGCACUGGAACUCAUCAAUCAGGCUGUAGUAGGAUAUCCAGACUUUAUACCAGCUCUGAUUGAAAAAAUGAAACUGCAGCUUGCUCUGCAAGACUGGGACCAAACACUAGAGACAGCUCAAAGAGCCCUGAAUAGUAACAGAAACUGUAUAGAAGCACAGCGGAUGGUUGUCCUGUACACACUGUGUCGAGAUGGAAAGUAUAAUGAGGCCUCAGACAGGCUAGGAGAGUUAAUUCAGAUGGUAGACAGAUGUGAACCAAGGAAUUCUUAUCUAUAUCAUGAUUUGUCCCAGGCAGUCAGCAGACUGUGUGGCAGAAAUGAUUUAGUGUUGCAACAGACACUGACAUUGGUGGAAAGAGCCCAGUCACUGGCUCCUAAUAGUGCAGAGUUUCAGACAGAGCUUGGAAAUCAGCUCAUCUUACAUCAUCGCAACCGAGAAGCAAUGAAAGCAUUCCGCACUGCUAUGAAGCUUGAUGAAACAAGUGUGCCAGCACUGACAGGUAUAAUCAAAUGUCAGCUGAUGGAUGGACAGCUUGAGGAUGCUGAGCAGCAAUUAGAGUUCCUGAAUGAAAUACAACAAUCCAUUGGAAAGUCAUCUGAGCUGUCAUACCUGAGUGCUGUACUUCAGAGGCAGAAAAACAAGCCAGUUGAGGAAGUCAUGACUCUUCUAAAUGAAGCUGUUGAUGCACAUUUUUCCUCCCUUAAGGGUCUUGCCCUUGGUGUAAAGUAUUUCUACUGCUUGAACCCAGAUUUUCUCCUUCAAGUGAUUAAUGACUACCUCAUAUUUGCACCCACUGAAGCACAAAGCCCUGGUCAGCCUCCUCCUCCACUUCUCAAACGCUGUGCAGCUGUGUUGGAUCCUUUGACAAAAAGUGUUCCUGGAUUGCUGGAGGGACUGUACCUAAUGGCUAAAGUCAAGUACUUAUCUGGGGAAACUGAUGCUGCUAAAGCCAUGCUGACUCAUUGCCUGGACCAAGAUCCAACAUUUUCUGAUGCACAUCUUUUGAUGGCCCAGAUUCAUCUUCUGCAAGGUAACUUCAAACUGUCGGAGCAGUCACUUGAAGUGGGGCUUAGUUACAACUUUGAGGUGAGGAAUCAUCCUUUAUAUCAUUUGAUAAAAGCCCGAGUACAGAGAAAGAUGGGUCAUCCAGAGGAAAGUGUUAACACUAUGCACGCUGCCAUGAAUCUUCCUGGAGUUAAAAAAGCAGUUCCCAAAGCACAAGGCAAGAAAGCAGCAAUAACUGCCAGUGACAGAGCUGCUGUUUUCCUUGAACUUGCUGAUGCACAUAUGGAGGCUGGACAAUUGCAUGAGGCUACCAAAGUCAUGCAGGAUGCUUUACAUGAGUUCACUGGCACUCCAGAAGAAGUCAGAAUUCAGAUUUCCAAUGCAGACCUUGUGUUAAAGAAUGGUGAUACAGAGCAAGCACUGACUAUACUCAGACAAAUCACUCCACAGCAAAGUUACUACAUCAAGGCAAAGGAGAAGAUGGCAGAGAUUUAUUUACAUCAUCGUAAAGACAAGCGAUUGUAUGCAAGUGUUUACAGAGAACUCGUUGACAAGAAUCCAAGUCCUCACACUUGUCUGUUGUUGGGAGAUGCCUAUAUGAGCAUUCAAGAGCCUGAGAAAGCCAUUGAAGUUUAUGAGACAGCCCUGAAGCGAAACCCAAGAGAUGGAGCAUUGGCAAGUAAAAUAGGACAAGCACUGGUGAAGACGCAUCACUAUGGCAAGGCCAUAAACUACUAUGAGGCUGCUUUAAAAUCAGGACAGCAAAACUUUUUAAGGUAUGAUUUAGCUGAGCUGUAUCUAAAGCUGAAAAACUAUGAGAAGUCAGACAAAGUCAUCAAGUUGGCUCUGGAACAAGAAAAAGCUAAUGACCUUCCAUCUCUAAUGGAAGAAGCACGACUCUUAGAGCUUCAGGCUCGAGUUUAUCAAAAGUUGGGUAAUGCAGAAGAAACCCUCAAGACACUCACACGGGCUAAGGAUGUUCAAACCAGGGUUUUAAGAAGAGUUGGGGUGGAACAACCAGAUGCUGUUAAAGCACAAAAAUUGCAGGCUGCAAAGAUCUGUGCUGAAAUGGCAGAAUUGUGUACUACUGCCAGAGAAUUUGAGAAAGCCAUAAAUUUCUACAAAGAGGGACUCACAUAUGACGAAACACAUGUACCAUCCAUGUUAGCGCUGGCCAGACUCUAUUUAACUGUGGAUGAUUUAGAUUCCUCUCAGCAACAGUGUGUUCAGCUUCUAAAGAUGGAUGCAGAAAAUGAUUCUGCAACAGUUAUGAUGGCAGAUUUGAUGUUCAGGAAGAAUGAAUAUGAUUCUGCCACAUUUCACUUCCAGCAGUUUCUGGAAAGAAAACCAGAUCAUUACAGUGCCCUAGCGCGGCUGAUUAAUCUUUUGAGAAGGGCAGGGAAAUUGGACGAUUGUUCAAAGUACCUGGAACAGGCAGAAAGUGCUAUUCCACGUGCUGCUAUGGAUUCAGGAUUAAACUACUGUAAAGGACUCUUUUACUGGUACACAGUGAGCCCCACGGCAGCUCUUAAACAUUUCAACCUGGCCAGGAAAGAUGCUAGAUGGGGCGAGUAUGCUGUGUACAACAUGAUUGAAAUAUGCCUCAACCCUGAUAAUGAAACUUUGGGAGGAGAAACCUUUGAGGCAGUUGAUGGUGAUGUGAGUUCAAACGAGAAGCAAGAUUCAGAAAUGAUGGCUGUUCGCACUGCUGAAAAGCUGCUAAAGGAUUUCAAGCCAAAGGAUAAUCCUCUAAAAUACCGCAUACUAGAGAAUAGUGUCUUGAUGGCUUUUAAGACAAAACCAAAUGUGGAAAAAGCCUUGUCUCAAUUCAUGGAAAUAGCUACGACUGAGCAUGAAUGCGUUCCAGCCCUUCUGGGCAUGGCUACUGCUUACAUGUACUUAAAACAAACACCACGGGCUCGUAAUCAGCUGAAAAGGAUUGCAAAGAUGAACUGGAACUCAGAGGAAGCAGAGGAAUUUGAGAGGAGCUGGCUUCUGUUAGCUGAUAUUUAUAUUCAGUCUGGCAAGUUUGACAUGGCGGGAGAUUUGUUAAAGAAAUGUCUUCAGUAUAACAAGUCAUGUUGUAAAGCGUGGGAGUACAUGGGAUAUAUCAUGGAAAAGGAACAAGCUUAUAAAGAUGCAGCAAAAAACUACGAGAACGCUUGGAUUUAUGGCAAUCAAAACAACCCAACUAUAGGUUACAGAUUAGCGUUCAACUAUCUUAAGGCAAAACGUCUUGUAGAUGCUAUUGACGUAUGCCACAAGGUAUUAAGUCACCAUCCAAACUAUCCCAAGAUAAGGAAAGAAAUCCUGGACAAGGCUAGAGCAGCACUGCGGGCUUGAACACUCACUCUUCUCUACACUGCUUUUGCUUCCACGUUGUAAAAACUGGUCUCUGCCACAAGAUAUUUGUGCAAUAGAAGACAUUUUUCCAAGCUCUAUAACGUGAUGUGGCUUUGUCGCGUUAUAGAGUACUGAAAAUGCGUUCUAUUGCUUUUAUUAUAUAAGUAGUUACAUGCGGGCUCUAUAACCUGAUAAAGUAUCCGCUUAGAAACUGAUGUGUACUAUGUUCAUUAUGUUAUAACUAAUCUUACUGAAAAUCAAACCCAAACUCAAGUAAGAUUACCCCCUCAUUCCUCCCUAAAAAAAAAAAACCUUCUUACGCGACCAAAAGCGACAGAUACAAAAUCCAUAGUGGACCUCAGGCCACAGGCAAAACGACGGUCUGAACCAGGUUCAAUUUACACAGACUUAGAUAUGAGCGUUGAUUUUUGUGAACAUUACCGAGAAGGCUUAUGGCUAACAUUACAAAAAGAAAUAAUCAUUAGAUAGAAACAACCCAUUUAUGAAAGACUGAAGAAGUCCAUUAGUCCUUUACAUAUCAGGAUCAGCAUGCUUAUUGCCCAUACUGUUCUUUCUAUAGUUUGCUGGUGCUAGCGUGGGGAAUUUCUUAAAAAAAUCCUUCUUAAGUUGACGCCAUGUCGGUAAUUUUCAUGACCUUAAUGUUUGACUGAGGGUGAUGCUGUAGGAAGAAGUGAGAAAUUCUCAUAUUCUCAUUACCUUGGGGGGGGGUUCAACGGCUGAUUGUCUAAGACCCGCUGACUUAGAAAUAACUAGUCUAAAAGUGGGGCCCAUUGCGUAUAAUUGCUAAAAAAGGGUUGUUUUGAAAGUUCGAGUUGAAAGAAAAAGUACUGAACCGUAUUUUGUGCGUGUUCAAAUCUUUUAGCAGAGCCACUGCCACUGUAAAUAAUCGUUAAAUUAUUGUCUCCUAAUAUUUCUGAAUGUACACUGUAAAGUUGGUUAGGUUUUGUACAGACAAAACAGCGUUUUGAACUUCAUGUUUUUGGAAGUGGUCAAACUGUCACUGAAAUGAACCCGUUAUUUUAACUGCAUUUUCCUUGCAAAAAUACAGUAUCGAUGAAAAGAUAAAAAAAGUUAUCAGCAUUUA